CAUUCGUUAAGUCUGAGUAUGAAAACAAUAAACGAUCCGUUGGCCAGAAGAAGCGUUGAGGAACCUGUCACAUAUUUCUGUGACAUAUACGAUUAAAAGUAUAACCGGAGAGACCCGUUUCAGCAAAAAUAAACUGUUUAAAAAGCAGCUUUGGAAAAAGCCAGGUCCAAACACGGAUAUUCGUGGGAAUUUGGUGUCAAAGGGCAGGAAGUUAGACGUUUCAGUCCCUCUUUUUCACAGUAGUAAGCUUUUAUUCUUGUAUUCUCAUCUGUACAUACUACCGAGGGGGUUUAAAUUUGUUAUGCAGGACUGGUCUCUUGCUCCGUCGCCUCUCUACUCCCUCUCCCCGUCUGCUCUGACCCCAUGUCUCGGUGGCUCUUUCCCUGGUCGGGCUCUAUAAAGAAACGGGCCUGUCGGUACCUCUUGCAGCACUACCUGGGCCACUUCUUGGAGGAGAGACUUAGUUUGGACCAGCUGAGCUUGGAUCUGUACAAUGGCAGCGGGGUCAUUAGGGAUAUUAACUUGGAUGUUUGGGCGGUGAAUGAGUUGUUGGAUUCAUUGGGGGCUCCGCUAGAGAUUGUUGAGGGUUUCGUGAGCAGCAUAGCGGUGACUAUUCCCUGGGCGGCACUUGUGACGGACCACUGCACCCUUGAAGUCACCGGAUUGCAAAUAACAUGCCGACCCAAAUACAGAACCAAUGGCAGCUGGGAUUCUCAAGGGUGGUCCUCAUGUAUGACGUCCAGCAUGCAGCUGGCCCAGGACUGCUUGAAGGACCCGCCCGAGGCAUCCGAAGAGCCACCUGCUCCACUGGAGGGGCUGGAAAUGUUUGCACAGACCAUCGAGACAGUCCUGCGUCGAAUUAAAGUCACCUUUCUGGAGACCGUAGUGAGAGUAGAACACCAUCCCCUGGACGCUGACACUGGGGUUGCCUUAGAGAUGCGCAUUAAACGGUUGGACUAUUGUGAUGAGGCUGUGAGAGACUCAAGCCAGACAGUGCCUGUAGACAUCCACCAGCCACCAGCCUUCCUGCACAAGAUCCUACAGCUCAACUCUGUACAGCUGCUCUACGAGACCCUGGGAGGAUCACAGGGACUGAUUCAUUUUGACAUGGAGAGCAGCAGGGAGAGUUUUAAAAAGACAGAUGAUGAUGAUGAUGAUGAUGAAGUUGCCUCUGAUGCCCCACAAUCACUGAAUCUGACCCAGAAGUCCCCUGAACCCUUGCUGAUUGGACAGUGCUCGGGAUUCAUAGAGACGACUGUGAAAAUCAAACAAAACGAAAUGCUGCCUGGGCCCAAGUUUGAGUUGGAUGGUAAGGUGGGCUGUCUCCACCUGCUGCUGUCCCCCAAUCAGAUCACUCACCUGACCGAUCUCCUGUCUGCCCUCUGCAUUGAGACUUCAGAGGGCAGCAGUGGUGGAGGUCUAUCUGCAGGGGGCAUCUCUAGGCCACUGGACUCUGAUGAUCUGCGUUUGAUUGAAGAGGAUCUCGGUAAACAGCUGAAUGCAGAAAUGAUUGACAGAGACCUGGAGCUGAACACAGAGCCUUACGUCACCACCAUAGAGAAUGGAGAGAUGUUCUACUCGAUGGGUGCUGGAUACAUGACCAGCAGUGUAUUGUCGACACGAUCUGGGAGUGAAUUGUCUGACAGCGAGAUGGAGUCGUCCAUUCACAGCCAGAGCAGCCUGGCUCAAACAAAGCCUCUGUCUCCACAGGGAAUGCUAAAUUGCCCUCAUCGUUAUCCUGUACCAGGAUCCUUAUCUAGUUUGCCACAAUGUAGCAGACCUCCAAGACGUUCAUCUCGCAGUAGCCAGUCGGAGCCACUGAAACCAGACUCUCUGCUCCGUCUCUCUCUGGGUGGAGUCACUCUGACUCUGCUGGAGCAGGAACCGCCCCCUGGGCCGGACGGGCUCUCCUCAUUGGCUGAGGUGUCGCGGUUGUUUUUCCGAGAGCUUGCAUUCUUUAAGGAUGCUAUGUUCAGCGAGAGAGACUUCCAGAAUCUGAGGGAGAGCUUUGCUAAAGCAUGUCUCCACUCCCACAUCAGGGUGACUGGUGCAGCAGUGCAGCUGGCAUGUGAGAUGCGAAGCACUGGGCGGCACAACCGAGUCACGACCUCUGACCUCUCCUUCAGCAGGCUGGAACUGCUGGAGUGCCUAUGGGACUCAGGUGGCAUGCAAUACACAGAGCUUUUGCAGUUCCAGUCAGCUGGUCUCUCUUUGAUGGGCACCACUGCCAGACCAUGUGCUCAGUUCCACCACAGUCUGUCUGAAAAACAUAUGCGUAAGAGUGGAACGAGACGGCGUGUGGUGCAUAAAGACAGCUCUCUGCGGGUUGAGCUCGGGAAGCUCAGCUCUGAGUUGGACCUGGACAUUCUGGGCCGACUGGAGAACAUCCUGCGGGCUCUGAGCUACUGCCCAAAAACACCCCAAAGAACCAAAGCAUACACUGCAGAGACUCAUUUGUUGGAGCUUCACUCUUCUCUCCUACUUCAAUCGCCUCACACCAUGCUGAAGGUCCGUUUCCCCAUCCCUGAUCUUCGACCUCCAGGGCUAAGGCGACCCUUGAGUCAGCGUGCAGUGCGCAGUGAGGUCUUAAGUCUGGAGAUCUCUAAUCUGGAGCUGAAGUCUCAGCAGGGGCCAGACGUUCAGCAAGAGGCCAAACUCUCCAAACUGCUGGAGGCCUGUUUCACUGAUCUGCAUGGAGUGUAUGAGGGCUGGGAGGGAAAAUCAUUUCCCUGUAUCCGUGUACAGAAGGGUCCUGAUCCACAGAGCUCUGAUGGAACACCCAGGAUCCAGGUGCGAGUGAAUGAGGGAGCAGGCUCUGACAGCAGAGGUGUGUGUGAAGGGGUGAACAGAGAUCUGCAUCUGGGCUCCAUGUCUCUGGAGAAUCCCUGUGAGCUCAGUGAAAAGAAUAGCUCUCCAUUCUCAUCCAACCGCACCAUGUUUGAGACAGAAGAGAUGGUGAUCCCAGCAGACCCAGAGGAGAUGAAUGAGUUUCAGGCUCAGUGUAUAUGUCAGUGUCAGUAUGUGGUUGAUAUCACGUUUCCUGUAGCCUACAUCCUUCUGCCUAGUAAAGAGGCCUUCCAGAGCAUCUAUAACAGGAUUAAUAAUGAUCUGUUGAUGUGGGAGCCUCCUCCGCCUCUUCAGUCUCCUCCUCCUGCUCCUCCUUCCUCUUUGCAAAGUGCUAGUAGUGCCUCCCAGCAGCACAGACAUGAGGAGGAUGAGUUUUACGCCUGUAAAUCUGCCUUCAGACUUGAAUCUGACUCUGAAGAGGAGGAGCCUCAGUUUUACUCAGCUAGCCAAUCAAAAAGAAGAAAGCAGCCAGAGCCUCAGUCUAGCCACGCCCUUAGUCUGCUCUGUUUAUCUGUGCUCAUUGGCAGAGGUCGCCUCCAAGCCAUGACAGACAGCAAGAAUGAGGCUGGAUGUAAAGUGGAUCAGUGUCAUGGAGAACUCAUUUUGGACUUGGAAGGGGGGAAGAUUUUUAGUGUGACACAACAUCAGAACAAUCCCAAUCUCAACUUUCUGACCAUAGAGAGCAAAAGAGUGGAGCUCUACCAUAAAACGGAGGUACCGGACUCCCCUAUCCCUUUCAGAUUGGAAAUGUCUAGGUUUACUCCCCCAGGGCAUUUGGACCCAACCAUUUACCUCACAGAGGUGGGGGAAAGCAGCAUCAGCGGCCGAGAAACAGACAUUCAAAUGUUGUCGACUGCCAUCAAAAUUACAUUAGACCUUGAGAGGAAUGUCAAGGAGUUUCUGGUCGCUCUGCGACUCCAUGGUGCUACUUUACGACAUCACAUGGCUUUGACCAAUCAUAGCUGGCAUGAACAGAUAGUUGAUUUCCUUGAUGUCAUCGAUGAUGAUAUAUUGGGCUACACCCCACCUGCCGUCAUCACAGUUUUACACACUCACCUGGCCACCUGUGCAGUUGACUAUAGACCCCUCUAUCUUCCUCUGCGACUUUUGUUUACAGCUGAGUCCUUCUCCCUGUCCAGUAACAUCAUAGUGGACACUGCAACCUUUCACCUCAGGUUUAUCUUGGAUGACUCUGCGUUGUACCUGUCUGAUAAAUGUGAAAGCGAUACAGUGGAUCUGAGGCGAGACUAUGUGUGUGUGUUAGACAUUGACCUGUUGGAACUAGCCAUUACGACAUGGAAAGGAACAGACUCAAGUAAACUGACUCAGCCGCUGUUCGAGCUUCGUUGUUCCAACAAUGUAGUUCACGUGCACACCUGUGCGGACUCGUGCGCUGCACUGGUUAACAUGCUGCAAUACCUGGUUUCCCAGGGUGACCUACACCCUCCUCCUCGCCACACGUCCCCCACAGAGAUCGCUGGGCAGAAACUUCUGCUCUCUGAGAGUCCUGCCUUCCUUCCAUCCUGCCCACCAGCAGAGACAGAAGAGAUUAACCAAUGUGACCUCACAGAUGCCUUGAUUGACACAGAGAGAAUCCUACAGGAAGAGGCCCAAGACUCUGGCUCUCCCUCCAUCCGAAGAGCAUCACCUGUCUCGGUCUACCUGUUCCCAGGAGAAGCCCCUAAGCUCCACCCCUCUGUUCUCGAAGGGGUGGAGUCUGAUCUCAGUGAGCUGGUGAGCACAGCUAUGGAGGUAGAAAUGAUAUCGGAGGAAGGCUCAGAGGGAUCCAUUGACCACGAUGACUUCUGCAUCCUAGAGGCUCCUGGCAUGGGCAUCCCGUCUAGAGAUGGUGAGCCUGUGGUAACCGUGCUCUCUCAGGGUCCUAUAAAGGUGCGAGAUGGGUAUUUCUCUCGCCCGCGGGGAAGUUCAGACCUGUUGCGUGCCCCGGCCCGUUUCGCAGUGCCUCAGAACAGAGUGGUGCUCCGAGAAGUUUCCAUCGUCUGGCACCUGUAUGGGGGCAAAGACUUUGGUGGCAAAUCAAGCUCUGCCCACACACAACACAGCCAUAAGGUUCGCUCAGCUGCUCCUGGAGCCCGUGGUUCUCCCUCUUGCUCAGCAGGGCCCUCACGGCCCCAGAACUCUUGGCGUUGGGUUGGAGGAAGUGGAAGGCAGCACACACUGCUCAUGGAGAUACAACUGACCAAGGUCAGUUUCCAGCAUGAGACGUACCCAGUGGUGGUGCCUCCUACUGUGCUGGGGCACGAUGCAGAGGGGGCGGGUCUUGGGGAGCAACCUAUUUUCCGUCAGGUGUUUAUCGUCCAGGAACUUGAGGUGCGAGAUCGACUGGCCUCCUCUCAAAUCAACAAGUUCCUGUAUCUGUACACCAGCGAGAGCAUGCCACGCAGAGCCCAUUCCAACAUGCUGACAGUGAAAGCUUUACAGGUGAUGCCUGAUUCAGGUCUGGGUGGACCAGAGUGCUGUCUUAGAGUCAGUCUCUUACCACUGCGACUCAAUAUAGAUCAGGAUGCACUUUUCUUCUUGAAGGACUUCUUCAGUAACAUGGCUGCAGGAGUUAUUCCUUACCUACCCGUCGACCCUGCAUCUGAGGUGAGAACUGACGCUCCUCAAAAGCAUUCAGACGAGAAUGAUUCUGCCUCUGGAUUGGGCCACGAUCUCGCUGCCUCUGUAGAAACGACCUAUAGUGAGCAGAGUUCCUCCUCUGCUGGCUCUUCCUCCUCCUCCGACCAACCAAUCUACUUUAGAGAGUUCCGCUUUACCUCUGAAGUACCCAUCUGGCUUGACUAUCAUGGGAAGCAUGUGGUUAUUGAGCAGGGGACGUUUGCUGGCAUUUUGAUUGGUCUGGCCCAGCUGAACUGCUCUGAGCUGAAGCUGAAGAGGUUGUGCUGUAGACAUGGGCUGCUGGGUGUUGAUAAGGUUAUUCAGUACGCUGUGAAUGAGUGGCUAACAGACAUCAGGAAGAACCAGCUGCCUGGGAUUUUGGGAGGUGUAGGCCCCAUGCAUUCUGUCGUACAGCUCUUCCAUGGUGUGCGCGAUCUGUUCUGGAUGCCCAUUGAACAGUACCGGAAGGAUGGACGCAUUAUCCGAGGGCUACAGAGGGGGGCAGCAUCGUUUGGCACCUCCACAGCCUCUGCUGCCCUUGAACUCAGCAACAGACUGGUGCAGGCAAUUCAGGCCACUGCUGAGACUGUGUAUGACAUCUUAUCUCCGACUCCCCCUCUGACUCGUUACAUCACUGAGGGACGCCCCACUUCCUGUCCCAGACGCACCCCUCAACCAGCUGACCUCAGAGAGGGCGUGGCCAAAGCCUAUGACACCGUCAGAGAAGGAGUGAUUGACACAGCUCAGACCCUGUGUGAUGUGGCAUCUCGUGGGCAUGAGCAGAAAGGUCUUCCUGGGGCAGUAGGUGGGGUUUUGCGCCAGAUUCCGCCCACCGUUGUCCGCCCUCUAAUUGUUGCCUCAGAGGCCACCUCCAACCUGCUGGGAGGCAUGCGGAACCAAAUUAAGCCAGACGCGCGGAAAGAGGACUUCUUAAAAUGGCGCACCGAAGAUGGCCAAGAAUGAGAUUUUUGUUUGUGUGAAUGUUAGAAUGAAGUAAAAACGUGAUAGUAUGCGAGCUGAUCUUUGCAAAAACAAAGGACAAAAAAAAAAACACGGAAAACGCUAAAUGGAAACGUUUUUUUGUGGCUUCCACAUAGUUGCGCACUUUGUUUUAUGCAAUGCAAAUGUUUUCAUGUUGCACAUUGCUAGAAGUGGAGCUCUCUAGACAGCCAAGUGCAGCUCAUGUUCAUCUUGUCAUAUUGAAACAUAUGCAAUCAUAUCAAUCUGUAACACUGUUUACCUGUGAGCUCAAGACCAGAUGUUUUCUCACUUCUAAACACUCAUUCAACAUUUGAUUAAAUCAGUAUUCUCCCUCUGAAGUAUUACAAACAUAAUGUUUUUUGUCAUUUCUGAUUUAGGUCAGGUUGCCUUACCAUACACUUUUCGUUGAUGUUUUUGUAACGCUAGGAAAAUGAUUCUUCUUUAUCCUCUUUGAAGGAUAUCCUCUUUGUCCUUUUUUCCUGGUGUCUUUGUGCCAUAAUUGAUUCAUUGACAUUAUAAAGAUCUUGUUUUAAAGUUUCAUCCUGUUUAACUCUCUCUUAAACCUACACUUACACCUUUAUCAUUUUUGUUUCUUUCAGAAUGUGAUGGAAAGUUAUUUUUUGUUUUUUGGGUGAAUCUCACAGAAGCAUGUCCAGGUUAUAUUUUACCCCAAAAUAAAAAAAAAUGAAAAAUUAGAUUUUGUUUAGGGUAAUUAUGAGUUUUUGCAUUGUUAAAAGCAUAUUCAUGACAAUAAAGCAAUUUUUUUUUACCUAUAAUCCUCAUUGCCAUAAUGCAUCUGGAUGCUUUUGAGAUUUUUCUAUCUUUCAAAAUUGAUUCUCAUUACUGUAAUGUAGAACAAUGAUGUUUAAUUUAAAUUAGUAUUAAGGCAGUACAACAAAUACUACCAUGAUAAAUAAAUGCUUUGCAAUUUAAAAAUAUUAUUUUUGCAUUAAAGUAAUAUUAACUGUGGGUGGAAUGUGCUUGAUUAUCAUGAAAAUAAUAUCACCAUAAUUUUUUUUUUUUUAAAGGUUCUAAAAAUGGGCUUCAUUUUCUUUAAGAAAAAAUGUCUUUUAAUUCAUCCUUUUGAUUUGGGUCUGAAAUAUUGCCUAGACUUGUUCUAGAGAAGUUUUGUGAGACUCACCCUUUUAUCUGCCAUUUACCCAUCCAAACAUGCUUGUUUUUGUCUCAUUUGUUCCCUUCCUACAUGUUUUAAAUGUUUUAUUUCACUUUAAAAAAAUUGUCCAGGUGCAGGAAAAAGGUGGGAGUCAGUUGGUUGAGAAAAGGGUUUUUGAGUAAUGUCAAUUUUUUAAAAAUUUUUUAUUGCAUUACAAAGUGUAAGGGAAGUGAGUUGUUUUAGCUUGUGUUUUAGUAUGUGUACAGUGCAUGUUCUGAGUGAGUGAGUGUGUAAGGACGUGCAUGUUUGUGUCGAGCUGGCUAUGUGACUCAUAGCUAUCAGCAUGUGUUUAUUUCUUCUGUAAUUACAACUAUAUCAUACACUGUAAGAAUGACCUGUAUAGCUCCAGGACAAUGUGUCAAAUUCAUACAAAACAUUAAAAUGUGCAUUUGAACAGUAUUGUAAAUUAUAGGUGUAAAUAUUGGACUCACAAAGAUAAGAAAAUUAAUUUCUCAUUUAUUUUUGGAUUAGUGUGUUCAGUCAUGAUGUGCCAACGUGAAAGGCUAAUUUGUAAUGGAUGUACACGGGAACAAAAAAAUAUUUAGGAGCUUAAACCCGUUAUAAAGCUGAUGAGGGUUUGAUGGAAGAACCUUAUUUUGUAUAUUAACUAGGGCUGUCGAUUUAACAUGUUAAUUUAGUGUGAUUAUGCAUUAAAUAAAAUGUUUGUUUAAAAAAAACACAUGCAAUUAAUCAUGCCUCCUGACCCGUACGUAAAUCCCAUAAUAAAAUAAUUUUCCUACCAUCAGAGCAAUUUAAGCUUGAAGUACAUAAAUUUGUGUUUGAAACACAUUAGCAGGGGGCAGUCAGUGCACCUCUACAAACCUCAUAAGCAAUGAAAUCACUAAAUUUGUCAAGGACGAAUGCAUUCUUGAAGCACAACAGAAUGCCUCUCAAGACACUAUUUUUAAAGUUUCAAAUUCUUUUAAAUCGACACCGUGUCCUAAAAUUGCACAGUUUGAUGCUGAAAACUUGAGAUGCUCCAAAAGCCUUUGAUGCAUACACCGAUCAGCCACAACAUUAAAACCACCUGCCUUAUAUCAUGUAGGUCCCCCUCGUGCUGCCAAAACAGCUCUGACCCGACCCAUUGAGGCAUGGACUCCACAAGACCUCUGAAGGUGUCCUGUGAUAUCUGGCAUCAAGAUGUUAGCAGCAGAUCCUUUAAGUCCUGUAAGUUGCGAGGUGGGGCCUCCAUGGAUCAAACUUAUUAGUCCAGCACAUCCCAUAGGUCAGGGGUGUCAAUCUCAGUUCCUGGAGGGCCGCAGCCCUGCAGAGUUUAGUUCCAGCCCUGCUUUAAAAUGCCUCCUUGUAAUCUUCAAGCACUCCUGAAGACCUUGAUUAGCUGCUUCAGGUGUGUUUAAUUAAGGUUGGAGCUAAACUUUGCUGGACUGUGGCCCUCCAGGAACCGAGUUUGACACCCCUGCCAUAGGUGCUCAAUAGGAUUGAGAUAUGGGGAAUUUGUAGGCCAAGUCAACACCUUGAACUCUUUGUCAUGAUCCUCAAACCAUUCCUGAACAAUUUUUGCACCGUGGCAGGGCGCAUUAUCCUGCUGAAAGAGGCCACUGCCACAGUGCAAAUGUGAACACCGUUGCCAUGAAGG